GAGAACAUUAUGUUCAACUCUCUUUAAACCUCGUAGCUCUAAUUCAGUGUUAACCUUCAUUCAUCCCUCAUCGGAGUAAGAUCGCUGGGGGGGGGGGCGCAGGUGGUGAAGGAGCAACCCUCUGCAGCGUCUUCAUCAGGUGCGAUGUCAUUGCCACCGGGCUGUAGUGGUUGACGUCCUUGGGGUGGGGCCGUGGUGAGCAGGGCGGUGUCACUGAAAGUGAACGUAGUUAGGACCAGAGCACCGACCUCGGAGCGAGGGCCCAAUUGUAUCUGAAGGACUUCUUUCUUUUUAAUCGCCCAAAUGAUUCGCUUCUUUGGGGUCCCUCUGCUUUGUUUUUGCUGAAAGUGGCGUUCGCAGGGCUGUAGACGUCGACUUUGAGUUCAAGCAACAUGAUCCAAAUGUUAAAAAAAGGAAUGAAUCUGUACGAGGUCAAAGGUCAGUCAGACGACAAAGUCAGAGAAGCCCGAAAACGGACCUCUUCUGUAGUCCUGUGACGCCGUGAGGUCAUCGUGCGCGCCUGCACUCUGUCGCGCGCUCUCUCUCCCCCGCUCUCUCGCUCUCUUGUGCACGCAGCAAUUUUAUGAAUAAAUAAAGAAAUUCAAUAAAAACAGGUCGGACAUAAAGGCUGCUUGAGCGGACCGGCCAGGUAUCGCCUAUGUGUGGGAAACACUCAACGAACACUUGAGGCUAAUGGAGGAACGGGGGGCAGCAGCCGAGGCACAAGACUCAAGAAAACUCAGAAAGCAUCACAGACAGUGGGACUCGGGUGUUACACUCAUUGUAGACAGUCAUGACUCACAGAGUUAUUUUCAGAGGAUAUUCUUGAUUUCUACAUUUAAGUGUGAAAAAUCACAUAUAAAGCCUUUAAGGCCCACUGAGACUUCAUCCUGUGAUUUAAAACACCUCAGACCAAGCCUUCAUCCAAGGUGACCUUCAUCUGGUUGCUCAUUUGGAUAUUGAACUACGUUAAGGACCUAUUUGUGCACAGCACACGACACUAUGAGACAAGUCUUUCAUCUUCCCUUGGAGAAACAAGCCAGUCCAAGCCUGGUGUUUUCUGACUGAGUGAGUACAUCUUAUUUUCAUUACUUUAUAAAAAUCAUUAUGGUUGUAAAAAGAUGAUUAGGCAUAUUAAUAACGACACAUAGACCUUGUCUUGCCGACUUUAAGAAUAUGGUCCUUACUGUUUUUAUCUGUUUUUGUUUUAAGCCUUUUAUUUUGACAGAAAACAGACAUCUACGCAUGUUUACCUUUAACAAAUGCAUUCAUCUAUAUGAUAGAAAAAAAACAACGAGUGUUAAAUUUUGGACGAUGUCGUUAAACUAUUUAAAGUGUUUUUGAGUCGUGUCAUUGUAUCAUGUAUGCUUUUUGGAUUUCAUUGAUGUAAUGCUGUCUUUGUCAUUUAUGUUUUUUUGUUCUGUUUCUUAUUCUCAUGUUGUUUGUUUUACUUUUCAGUGAAGUCAAGAGAUGGAUUAUAGAUUGGCUUUGCUUUUAUCCGUCUUUGGACUCUGCAGCUCUUCCCUUUACGUGCUUCGACAGUUUCACUACAUCGACUUGAAAAUGACCUGGGCCGACGCUCAACAUUACUGCAGAGAUAAGUACAGUGACCUGGUGACCAUUGAAAGUGUGUCUGACAUCAGCAGGCUCAACAGACCUGACGUCUCAAAAGCAUGGAUUGGACUACAUGAUGAUCCGGAGGACUGGAAGACAACUAUGGGCAACGAAAUCAACUCCUGGAGAUGGUCAAGUACCGGUGUAACCAGCAAAACUGGUUAUUACAACUGGGGAACAAAUCGGCCAGAUAACUAUUUAGGAGAGUAUUGUGUGAAAGCAAAGCUGAAUCAUCUCUGGGAUGAUGGGAAGUGUAACUAUGAAGUCUGGUUUCUUUGUUACACAGCUACAAAUCCUGCAAGCCAGAAAACAUAUGUCUUAAUCCAAGAAGGGAAGAAUUGGAAGAAUGCCCAGACCUACUGCAGAACACACUACACUGACCUGGCUAUGAUCGAGAAUGCUGAGGAACAAGCAAACAUGACGUCAGUAAAGGGUAUUAAUUCGGCGUGGAUCGGCAUGUAUCGAGAAGCAUGGAGGUGGUCUGACAACAGAGACAGCUCCUUCAGGAACUGGAAAGUGAAUAAGCCAGAUAACAAUCAAAGUUACUGUGUGAUGAGUGAUGAGAAAUACCAAUGGGAAGACCUUCAUUGUAAAGACAAGCUUCCCUUCUGGUGCCAGGAAGUCCCCAAACAGCACAUCUUGAUGAAGUUGAAGAUUCAGACUGAUGCGGACCUUUCAGAUCCAGCUGUAAACGGCAAGCUCCUGCAACAGUUAGAUGCUUUGCUUUCUGAAACGACGGGACAGGCUCACCUAAAACUGAAGUGGAAGAUUCAACCCAGAAAACAAGAGGAGGAGAAGGAGAAAGCCGAGGAUCAGUGCCCACUGAAGUGAAGGCCGGCUAAGCUACGUUUACUGUUUGAAAGUUUCAAGCCUCUUUGGGGUCGGUUUGAGGGUAGAGUCAGUAACUUUUUUCGUUGCAGCUUGUAAACAAAACAUUUAAUCUGGGCCCCUCCUCCUGGACUCCCUGCAGGACGUCUUUUGGUCUUUGCCUAUAUUGCAAACUAGCUAAACAACUAAAUCAAUGUAUUCAAAUAGAAAAUCCUGACUUGUUACACUCCUUUUAUUUCACUGCAAUACCUGGAUAAUUGAAGUUUCUCCAGUUUCCAAGUAGAGUGAAACCUCC